GGAAGAAAGAAAGAGAGAAAGAGAGAGAGAAGGAUAGAUAGAUCGAGGUAGAGAAGAAAAAAAAAAGAGAAGAAAAAGAAGAAGGAAAGAGAAACAUAAAAGCGCGCUGAAACGGAGUCUCUCCUAUACUUUGGGUGCCGUGAACGAGAGCGCGAAUCGAGGCGCUUCCCCUCCUCCGUGGAGGGGAGGGGGAGGGACGUUGUAACCCGUGCCGAAGAGAGAGAGAGAGAGAUAGACAGACAGAUAGAUAGAGAGAAAGAGAGGAAGAGAAGAAGAGUGAGAGAGAGAGAGAGAGAGGGAGAGAAAAAGAGAGAGAAGAGAACAGCAGACACGCAGAACGCGACGUCAAGAUGUCGUCGUCGGGGCAUAGCAGCCGCGGUCGUGCCGUCCACAUCGGCUCGAUAUUUCAAAAGUUGCAGGGUCGUUUCGCCGACGCUAUGACGCCGCCAAAACUUUCGACGGAUAAGCGUAUGUUAGACAAGACAUGGAAAUUAAUGGACAAGGUCGUUAAACUUUGUCAACAUCAACGUAUGAAUUUAAAAAAUUCACCGCCCUUUAUCUUGGAUAUCCUACCGGAUACAUAUCAACGUUUGAGGUUGAUUUACAGUAAAUACGAGGACAGGAUGCAGGUGUUACACGGUAACGAGCAUUUCUGUGUAUUUAUCAACAAUCUAAUGCGUAAGUGCAAACAGGCGAUAAAACUUUUCAAAGAGGGGAAAGAAAAGAUGUUCGACGAGACCUCGCAUUAUCGAAGAAAUCUAACCAAACUCAGUCUCGUAUUUAGUCACAUGUUGUCCGAACUCAAGGCGAUAUUCCCGAACGGCGUAUUUGCCGGUGAUCAAUUUCGUAUCACCAAAUCGGACGCCGCGGAAUUUUGGAGGGAUCGCUUCGGUAACAGUACUUUGGUUCCAUGGAAAGUAUUUAGACACGAAUUAAAUCAAGUACACCCGAUAAGUUCUGGAUUACAAGCAAUGGCAUUGAAAUCGACGAUAGAUCUUACGUGCAACGACUAUAUCUCCAAUUUCGAAUUUGAUGUAUUUACGAGAUUAUUUCAACCAUGGUCGACGCUUCUACGGAAUUGGAAAAUCUUAGCUGUGGCACAUCCCGGUUACGUUGCCUUUCUCACGUACGAUGAAGUAAAGGCACGUUUACAAAAAUAUUGUAUCACCAAACCUGGAAGUUACGUAUUUCGAUUAAGUUGCACGAGAUUAGGUCAAUGGGCGAUUGGAUAUGUUACGUCAGAUGGAGAUAUACUUCAAACUAUACCACACAAUAAGAGUCUUUGCCAAGCACUUUUAGAUGGUUAUCGGGAAGGCUUUUAUUUAUAUCCUGACGGGCGUAACAUAAAUCCAGAUUUAACAUGGGCUGUACAACCAACACCCGAAGAACACAUAAAAGUGACUGCAGAACAAUAUGAACUUUAUUGUGAAAUGGGUAGCACAUUCCAAUUGUGUAAGAUUUGUGCGGAGCAUGAUAAGGAUGUUAGGAUAGAACCUUGUGGACAUCUACUUUGUACUCCGUGUCUUACAGCUUGGCAGGUAGAUUCGGAAGGGCAAGGUUGCCCAUUCUGUCGAGCAGAGAUCAAGGGUACCGAACAAAUCGUAGUGGAUCCAUUUGAUCCUCGAAGAACACAUCGACCUGGAGUACAUUCAGCGUCAGCUAACAAUGCAUCAACCCCCACGCGGGAUCUCGACCCCGACACCGAGGAUAUAAUGGAGCUAAGGAACGGACUGAUUUGCGACGAUACCGACGACGAAGAGGAUAUCAGUCCUACGAAUUCACCAAUACCACCUCGAAGAAUCGUUCCGAGUCCGCCAUUACCUCCAAGACGACCAUCGCCAUCGCCAACGCCGAAUAAUCAUCUUCGAAAUGGUCGGCAUUUAGUCGUUCCAAAAGAAAAUGCACCUCCCCCACCGUCUUCUAAUGUCACUGUCAUUUUAAGUUCUACUACUGAUAGUCAACACAAUAAAGUUAAUAACGAGGCGAAAUACGACAUGCUGCACAGAGCGUCAUCACCAUCACCGAUACCACCUGUACCACCUGUACCUGCACCACCCACAGUAGUCAGAGGAAGUGGUCAUGUACGACAAUCUCAUGGAAAUCAUGCAUCCAUCACUAUUCAAACUCCACCGAUAUUACCAGAAAAAGCAAGUCGUAUCAUUUUAACUAAUUGUACUGCAACAACAACAACAACAACAACAAUGACGACGACUACGACGACGCCUACGGUAAUGACGACAACAACUACAAUAACAACAACAGCAACAACAACAACAUCGGUAGCUACAACUACAACGUUAACUGCUACAAACAAUGUACCACCAGUACCACCUCCCUUGUCCGCACCAAGGCCACCAAAAGGGAGUAGCAAAGAAAAUUCGAAACAAGAUCAUCAAUAUGAAAAUACGAUCGUCAUUCCUGGUACGAGGCAACACGUUGUAAAAAAUAUCAACCUCGAAGUAAACCGAGCACGUUUGACUGCUCUCAUGAAGGCCAGAGAUGAUAUUAAUGGUCCAACAAGCAAACCAGAAGCCGCUGCUUAUGAAAACGUCAAUGUUGAACAUAUCGCUAGGCUCACCUCGCUUGGUUUCGCUCAGGACGCUGUGAUUAGAGCUUUGGGUAUCACAAGGAAUGACUUUGAAAUGGCGUGCGACAUUUUGCACGAAUUCGCGACGAAAUCCUCUUGACCCGGCUCGACCACUGCUGGAUCAUGACCGGUUUUACCCACAAGACAUUACUUUUGACGUGGAACACGUUCAUUAAUCUACGGAUCCUGUCUGUGUUAGCUCUUUACAUGUGUCUACUACAACAAUCACCGACUCAUAGUUUUUCUUCUCUUUUGGAAAAAAAAUAAAAUAAAACAGAAAAUUUAGAGUGACGUUAAAACAACUCUGAUAUCGAAUCGAUCGUAAUGCUGAUCGUGUUCCAUUAGAGUGUAUAUAAAGAUCCUAUAGAUUGAACAUAAAGAUAUAGAUUCUGUGGUGUUAGUGAAGAAUCCUUUAGACAAUUAAACUUGCUGCGUCUUAUUGAAUAUAACUUUCUCUCUCUCUCUCUCUCUCUCUCUCUCUCUCUCUCUCUCUCUCUCUCUCUCUCUCUCUCUCUCUCUCUCUCUUUAAUUUUUUUAUUUGUUUUUAGCAUCACUUAUGCUAAAAAUGCUUUCGUUUGAGAUAACUAACUAUGAAGAUUGUUCGAUCGUGGAGGAACAAAAAAAAAGAAGAGAGUGAAGAAACGAUGAUAUUCGUUGAAGAAUAUUAAUUAGUACGAAAAUAAAUUAUUUAUAAACAUUUGUAUAUCGAUCACUCAUAUUAUCUAAUCUUCAUUGUUAAUUAUGAUAAACGUUAUCAGAGCACGAAACUACUACAUACGCGUCUCUCAUUUUGAAAUACUAUGUAGAAGAAGCUUGAGAGAUUUGUGCGAUGACUUGGGACUGAAGAUUUUAGGGGAGGGAGGGGGGUAGGGAUAAAAAGUAAUAACGUAAACAAACAAACAAAAAUAACAAAAAUAGAAUGAAAAUGUAAUUAUUGAAGAAGAGUUAUUUAUACCCGCCGAGUACAAAGUAUUUCUUCGUGAAUUUUACCUACCAAGCGUUUACGUACAUACUAUGAUCUUUCAUAUUCUUUUUAUUUUUAUUUUUAUUUUUAUUUCUAUUUUUUCUUCCGCACAAGUAACACAAAAAUUGUGUUUCUCGAUGUUCUAUUUAAAAAUCGAAAAGAUAAAAUAAUUUUAUCAUUAUAUUCAGUACGAAAAUAACGACGACGACGAGGACAAGAAUGAUGAUGAUGAUGAUGAUAAUGAUGAUGGUGAUGAUAAUGAUAAUAAUGAUGAUGAUGACGAUGAUGAUGAUGAAGAUGAGACAGUUGCACACAUCAUGUGCACACGUACAAAUACGUUUAACGUAUUUAUCAAAUGUGAUACUUAUGUUUGAUAUGUGUACUGCAAUAUAUGCAGACCCCCUGACUGUGCUGUUGUAUCCUAUCGAUAUACAAUAAACAGAAGAAGGUUAUAUAGUUAAAUAAUAA